UACCCUUCGUUUCUUGGCGCAACAAUUUAUCGUUUUUUACGGAGGCCUCAUGGAUCCGUGUCCUUUUGUGCGAAUCAAUAUCGGAAACUUAGCACUGACGUUCCCGGCGGAGGCGAGACCCUCGUCGUCGUCUUCUUUUUACUGUAAGAUCAGGCUGACCGGCAAGUUCUCUACCCAGUUUUCGACGGUGCCGGUGAUCCAAAAGGCCGAUGGAGUCGUCGAGAGUAGGGUUCAUGCCUGUUACAACUUGAAAAAGCCGGAGCUGGAGAGGAUUCUGGAGCUGUUGAGCGCAAAGGGGAAACCCUGCGCGUUGAGGAUUGAGGUUUAUGCCGAGAACAAUGGCGUUUCGUGUUUGAAUGGCGGGAAGCGAUUGGGGAGCGUUUUGGUGGUGCCGCUGGAUUUGAAGGGGUUGGAAACUAGUGUGAGUAGUAGCAGGGGUUUUGUGUUUCAGUCGGGAUGGGUUUCUAUUCCGGGUUCUGCGGCGAUGCUCCACCUGAACGUGAAGGCGGAGCCCGACCCGAGAUUCGUGUUCCAGUUUGACGGCGAACCUGAGUGUAGUCCACAAGUGUUUCAGGUCAACGGGAAUGUUAAGCAGCCGGUUUUCUCCUGCAAAUUCAGUUUCAGAAACUGCGGAGAUAGGACCCUGAGAUCCAGAUCUUCAUAUUUAGAAUCGAGCACAUCAAGGAGAUGCUUUAGUGCAUCUGAUAGUAAAGAAAAGGCUGUUAAAGAGCGAAAAGGAUGGUCCAUCACCAUCCAUGAUCUGUCUGGUUCACCUGUGGCGGCGGCGUCAAUGGUGACCCCAUUUGUUCCCUCGCCGGGGAGUGAUAGGGUGAGCAGGUCAAAUCCUGGGGCCUGGCUCAUUCUCCGGCCCGGCGACGGCACCUGGAAGCCCUGGGGCCGCCUGGAAGCUUGGCGGGAGUGCUCCGGCGCCGGAGAUUCCAUCGGGUUCCGGUUUGAGCUCAUCCCGGACGGCGCCACGGACACAAUAACGCUGGUGAAAUCUUCAAUCUGCCUGAAGAAUGGCGGCAAGUUCAGCAUAGACAUGGCUAAUGGACCUACCCCGUUGACCAGUCCCAACAGCAGCUUCGACUUUAGCUUGGGGUCCGGGUCUGACCUCGGAUCCGCCCCCGGAUCCGGGUCAUGGGCCUGCCCCUUCUACGGCGGAUUCGUUAUGUCGUCCACCGUCGGCGGCGACGGGAAAUGCUGCAAGCCGGAGGUGGAAAUCGGGGUGCAGCACGUGACCUGCGCCGAGGACGCCGCCGCCUUUGUGGCUUUAUCCGCCGCCAUGGAUCUAAGCGUCGACGCUUGCCGAUCAUUCUCUCAAAAGCUCCGGAAAGAACUGAGGCAAUCGGAUCAAGAAUGACGAUAAUCCGGGUCGGGUCAGGUUUCCUUCCCGCGAAGGGUAAACCUCGGACGUCGGUUUAACUAAUUAACCAACUGACAGCUCAUCUUACCUGGCUUUUUUUUUUUUUCCUUUAUUAUUUCUAUUU